CAGUAUACUCAUUUAUCAGAGAAAGAGUCAAGAAGAGAGAGAUGGUGAACUUGGUAGCAGCAGUACUCAAGCCUUUAAUGCAUUUACUUGUAAGACUAGCCGGACUAACACCCCAAACCAUAGAGAUCGAGCCAGGGACUAUAAUGAAAUUCUGGGUCCCCAAACAAGUCCUCAAAAAACCCGGAAACCAGAAUUGCCAAACAUGGCACAAACCCACAAAACCAGUUGUAGUCUUUGCCCAUCCUUUUUCUGCCGAUGGCAUUUUCAUGUGGUUCUUCCAAGCCCUAGCCUUCGCCGGAAAGUACUCAGUCUACAUCCCUGACUUCCUCUUCUUCGGCGGCUCAGCCACCGCUAGGGCGGAGCGGUCGCCGGAGUUUCAAGCGGAGUGUUUGGCAACAGGGUUAAGGAAGCUGGCAGUGGAGAGUUGUACUUUGGUUGGGCUUAGUUAUGGCGGGAUGGUUGGGUUUAAGAUGGCUGAGUUGUACCCUGACUUGGUUGAGAAUAUGGUUGUGUCUUGUACUGUGGUUGAGUUGACUCAGUCUAUUACUGACGCGUGUCUUGCCAGGAUUGGGCUGUCGCGGUGGUCGGAGUUUCUGUUGCCGGAGUCGGUGGAGGGAGUGAAGUUGCUUUUCUCGGUUGGUACUCAUAAGUUGCCAUGGUUGCCUGAUUUCUUUUACAGGGACCUUCUCGAGGUCAUGUUUGACAAUCGAAAGGAGAAAGCUGAGCUUUUGGAGGCUUUGGUAGUCAGAGAUGAAGAGCCCACCAUCCCUAAUUACCCUCAGGUGUACGGGGAGCAAAUAUUCCGGCAAGCCCGUAUUCCUUUCUUUCAAGCUCCGUUUAUGCCCGAUCACCUGCGUGCAAAGAAUGGUGAGCUACCCGGCGGUGUGUGGCCGGAAAAACCCUCCGAUGAUCAAGUUAGCACACAUCUUAGGACAGAGAGAGAGAGAGAGAGGGAGGUGUUUUAAUGUAAGAAAAUCCCUACAAAGUGUUCAUCUGUCGCAUAUGGGGGGCGUAGACAUGCUUAUAUACCCUCUGUGCCCCGUAUCUACUCCCAGUCGUCUCCUUACACGUGGCUCCGCUAUCCCAUCUGUCAGCAUAAACCUUGCUGAACAUCACCUAAUCUCAACUGUCUGACUUCACAGCUGGAGCUCGGCAGCCGAGCUGCUCUACCACGGCCAUGCUAUGCUUCA